AUGUCGACGCUCAACCUUACGGGUCAUCCUGAUCCCAAGCUGCGCACAGAUCCGCUCCUGCUCCAGGCGCUCGAGUCGUACCUAGAGCCCAUCAAGAGCGCGCUCACCCAGCAAGGCAUCGAUCCCAGCGCAAUCCCCUCCAAAUCUGGCUCGCUCUCCGCAUCCGACCUUGCAGACCUUGUGUUUGAACUCCAAACCUUCCAGGAGGAGGUGCUGGGUGUCAAUGCACCUCGUCCUGCCAAUCCUGACGCAUCCACCCCACUAGCGCGACACCCUGUUCGCAUCCCCGCAGAAUUGUUCCUCUCCACGUCUUCGCACCAAAGCACCUCGAUUGCUCCGCCAGAGUCGAGUCACCUUCGAUUGCUCUUGCAAGAGGCACUCGCGCAUCUCGCCUCCACCGGCAAGUCCACCUGGAACUUUUCCGACCCUGCUCAAAAGACCACCAACGUUGAGCUCAUCACACACCUUCGCCAGCAACUUACCCAGGCUGCUGCGUUGGAGCACCCCACCAUUGCCGUCUCAGCGUCCAUCACCGAGGCAGAGGCAGCUGCGCUCAAGCAGAUGGCUGAACAGCUCGAAUGUAAGUGGUCCGACGACGUCGCAACCGCAUCUCACGUCCUCUACCCUUCUGAGAUGACGCCUCCAGCCUCUCCUAAGCUCGGCGAGUCGUCGUCGUCCACUUCCGAGGAAUACUUCAGGACCAUCGCCUCCAGAUCAGGGCGCGCUCUCAUCCAUGUCUGGUACCGUCCCGACUCGUACGACACCUGGCUUCCCGCUGCCGACUUUGCCGACCCCGACCCGGCUCCCGAGAAGCGACUGCCAUGGAAGAUUAGCGCAAAGUGGCUCCGCGACAGCGUUCGCUUCAACGAGAUCAUGAACGCAGAGGAUUACGAACAGGAGGAUGCGCUCGGGGUUGCCAUGGAUGCUGCCGACGUCGAGACUGGCAUCGCUACCACCGGCGAUGUUUCCAAGAGCAAGAAGCGUGGACUGCCCGACGAGAUCACCGACGCUUCCUCGGCUUCAGCUGCUGCCAGCGAGCCUAACAGUAAGCGCAUCAAGCUUCUUGUCGCGGCGCGUCCCGUUGGUGCCAUCCCCAUCGAUCUUUCUGGCUCGCAACCCAUUCCAGGCAAAAAGUACGAAAACGAGGCGGUGCCGAGCGGUGUUCUUGGCAACCUGCCCUCGGAAUCGGCUGGCCCCACCAAGCUCGAGGGCGAACAGCCUGCCGUCAGGCCAGCCAACGAUGGUGAUGCGACCAUGGUCGACGGUACUGCUGACAAGCCCAAGGCGGAUGCUGCGGUUGAGGAGCCGACUGAAGCGACCGCCGAUACCAACGCACCCAUCGUUCAGCCGGAUGCCGCUGCGGUUGAACAGCAGCGCAUCCGCGCCGAGGAGAUCGCCAAAAAGUAUCUCGCUUCGCAGACGCAGGAAGUGAUUAUCCCUUCCUACUCCACUUGGUUCGAUAUGUCGACCAUCAACGCGAUCGAAAAGCGAUCCUUGCCCGAAUUCUUCAACCACAAGAACCGCAGCAAGACGCCGAGCAUCUACAAGGAUUACCGUGACUUUAUGAUCAACACGUACCGUCUCAAUCCAAGCGAGUACCUCACUUUUACCGCUUGCCGAAGAAACUUGGCGGGCGACGUUUGCGCCAUCAUGAGGGUGCACGCGUUCCUCGAGCAGUGGGGUCUCAUCAACUAUCAGAUCGAUCCUGAAACCCGACCUGCUACACUGGGCCCUCCGUUCACCGGUCAUUUCCGAGUACUCGUCGACACGCCGCGUGGUCUGCAGCCGCUUCACCCUGGCACUCGUGUCAACUUGACCACCUCGGCUUCCGCCGGCGCUGAUGGUCCGGCGGCCAGUGCUGCGGCUGCGGCUGCGGCUGCGGCUGCGGCAGGAGCGGACAAGCGCGACAUGAACCUUGAGCUGCGCAAGACCAUCUUCCAAUCGACCAUGAAGGGGUCCAAGCCCAUCGAUCUGGCCGAAGCCAACUCGCUCGCUGCGCAGGCCGAUGCUGCGGUCGCCGGUGGCGCUGGUGGUGCGCCUCGCUACACGUGCGACACGUGCGGGAGCGACUGCACGCGCGUGCGAUACCACAGCAUCAAGGCGAAAAACUACUCGCUUUGCGCGUCGUGCUACCUGGAAGGACGUUUCCCGAGCUCCAUGUAUUCGGGUGAUUUCGUUCGCAUGGAAGACUCGGUACUCAAGCAGACGGGCGGCGUCGUGGGCGGUGCUUCUGGUGGGCAGGAUGACUGGACGGACGCCGAGACGCUGCGUCUGCUCGAAGGGCUGGAAAUGUUUGACGAUGACUGGUCGGCGGUUUCGAACCACGUGGGCACGCGCAGCCGCGAGCAGUGCAUCACCAAGUUUAUCCAGCUGCCCAUCGAGGAUGGCUUCUUGGACGGUGCUUCGCAGGCGGAUCUGGGACCGUUGCAGUACGCGCGUCGUGAUCAGGUGGACAAGCUCGGUAAGCCGAUCGUUCCGUUUGCGCAGGCGGACAACCCGGUGAUGAGCGUGGUUGCGUUUUUGGCGAGUGCGGUGAACCCGGCAGUGGCGGCAGCGGCGGCUCAGAGCGCGUUGGGCGAGCUCACGGAGAAUCUCAGAAAGCGAGCAGGGCGCGAAAAGUCGAGCGGCGAAAAGGAGGCGACGGCGGCUGAUGCUGGUGAUGCGAAGCGCGAUGGCGAGGCUCCACACGCCAACGGCGAUGCGAUGGACGUCGACGGUGAGCAGGCCAAGUCGGCUGCUGCUGAGGGUGCCGGUCGCGGCGACGCGGAAGUGGACGCGGACGCGGACGCGCUGGUUGUGGAUGCCAAAAAAACCAGCGUUCCGCGCAACGCUGUGGAAAGAGCAGCUGCCAUCGCGCUCGGUGCGGCGGCUGCGAAAGCGCACGUGCUUGCAUCGUUCGAAGAGCGCGAAUGCCAGCGACUGGUGGGCCAAGUUAUUGAGGCGCAGCUCAAGAAGCUCGAACUCAAGAUGUCUCAGUUCGAAGAGCUCGAGUCGCUCCUCGAGGCGGAACGCCGCAGCGUAGAGGCAGGUCGUCGACAGCUCUACGCCGACCGUCUCGCCGUGCAGAAACAGCUGGCGCUCGUCAACGAACUGCUCCACAAGGCGGCGCAUGCUCCAGAGAAGCUCAGCCAGCACGACCUCGUACACGCCUCCAGUGCCGCCAACGGUUUACCACAGCAGGGCCCCGUGGUCAGAGAGGCCGGCGCGCUCCCACCCGUCGGUGGAUCCUUUGCUCAGAUCGGUUAA